CUGCCAUGGCUGCCGUUGACAGCUUCUACCUCUUGUAUAGGGAAAUCGCCAGGUCGUGUAAUUGCUACGUGGAAGCGCUAGCCUUGGUGGGAGCCUGGUAUACAGCCAGAAAAAGCAUCACCGUCAUCUGUGACUUUUACAGCCUGAUCAGGCUGCACUUUGUCCCUCGCCUGGUGAGCAGAGCAGAUCUGAUCAAGCAAUACGGAAGAUGGGCAGUCGUGAGCGGUGCAACAGAUGGGAUUGGAAGAGCCUACGCAGAAGAGUUAGCAAGCCGUGGUCUCAAUAUUAUCCUGAUUAGUCGGAACCAAGAGAAGUUGCAGAUGGUUGCUAAAGACAUCGCUGACACCUACAAAGUGGAGACCGAUAUUAUAGUGGCAGAUUUCAGCAACGGCCGUGAGAUCUACGAACCGAUUCGAGAAGCCUUGAAAGACAAAGACAUUGGCAUCUUGGUAAAUAAUGUGGGCGUGUUUUAUCCCUACCCUCAGUAUUUUACUCAGGUCUCCGAGGACAAACUCUGGGACAUCAUAAAUGUAAACAUUGCUGCGGCUAGUUUGAUGGUCCACAUAGUGUUACCGGGGAUGGUGGAGAGAAAGAAAGGCGCUGUUGUCACUAUCUCUUCUGGCUCCUGCUGCAAACCAACUCCCCAGCUGGCUGCCUUUUCUGCUUCAAAGGCUUAUUUAGACCACUUCAGCAGAGCAUUACAAUAUGAAUAUGCUUCUAAAGGAAUCUUUGUGCAGAGUCUAAUCCCAUUCUGCGUGGCUACCCACAUGACUGCCCCUGGCAGUUUUCUGCACAAGUGCCCGUGGUUGGUGCCUUCACCAAAAGUAUAUGCACAUCAUGCCGUUUCUACCCUGGGCAUUUCGAAAAGGACCACAGGAUAUUGGUCCCAUUCUAUCCAGUUUCUUUUUGCACAGUACAUGCCUGAAUGGCUCUGGGUGUGGGGAGCAAAUAUUCUCAAUCGUUCUUUACGUAAGGAGGCCUUAUCCUGCAAACCCUGAAACUGGAUGAUGGUUUGGGACGCUUUGCCAAGUCAUGGGAACCUACAGUAUUCUGACAUUUGGAAGAACACAUUUAAUUUAUCUUCUGUAUUUUCUUUUAUUACUGAUGACUUAGCAUAUUGUUGGCUCAUCAUUUGCAAAGCAAACAUAAUACUUGUAGAGAAUGUUGUGGAAAAACUCAAGGGCCAAAUGGAUGGCACAGAGUAAAUAAUGACUGAGGCACAAGAACUGAUUGAGGAAACUUAAAUUUCAAUGCUUUUUUCCCCUAAAUUGUUCAAAAGUUGUGUGGUUUAUGUUGUUCUAGGAGCUACAGCAAUCUGGUACUGAAAUAUAACAUGACUUGUGACCUCUUAAAAUUUCAGAUGGUUUUUUUAAGGGAAAUUAUGUCAGUAGGUGAAUUAUAGUAUUGGUUUUCAAAUGUUCAUCAGGAAAGACUAUUUAAAAGUGUUAUUUUAUAAGAUGGCUGGUAUGAUUAGCAGUAGAAAUCUGUGUGUGUUAAUAUUGCGUAGCUCUAGUUGUCUAUCUGUAUAUGAAAAUGCUGCUUUUUAACUGAUAUUUCAUUAGAGAACCAUAUGUUUAUGGAUGUGUGUAUCUGGGUAACUUUAUGGGUAAGUUACUAAAAAUUUUUGUUUUUGUUAAGCUGGUUUAAUGUGGAACCUUACAGGGUAUUAAAGUUCUAGAUUAUUUCUCUUUAUACUAAACAAUCUUACCCAAUUUUGUGCUAUUGGCUUGCCAAGUAUAAUAUUACUUACACCAUCUGUUUUUUUAACUUACCAUGGAAUUAAUUCAUUCCUAGAUUUGGACGUGUAAUGACUGACUGUCAGUAAUCUGUUGAUUUAUAAUUAUUGUGGAUAAGUAGUGAUUUCUUAGCCUAUGACCCAUUUUAUAACUAAAAUUUAGCCCUAUAGAGCUUGUUAUAUCUGGUUUUCAUACACUUUUCUAUGUAAUAUUAUUUAAUUCCAGUAGCAUUAUUGGUGUAAACAUCAAGUAUUUAUGAAGUUAGUAGUUAAAAUAUGGACAAAUGUGUGUGAUACGUAUUGUAUCUGUUGAAAUAAGUUAGAAGCUCAUUCUUGGUUCCUGUAAUUACUUUAUUCAUUAUAGUGAAUAGUUUUAUUGGUGUGAAGAUAAUUAUGCAUAGCCCCCCACAAUAUGGGUUAGCAUUGAAAGCUACUGUGAAAUGUUUUUGGUUCAGGUCCUAUAAAGCCAAACAUUUUGAGGACCACAUACGUAGUGCUUGAAGUUGUAAAUCACUGUAUGGAUAUGACAGUGUGUGCAAAGUAAAAAUUUGGAGUUUAAUAUUGGGACACUGAUGCAGAAGCUAGUAAAUUUUUGAAAUCAGGACUUUUAUGGAAUUGUUUUCUGAGAUGAUGUUCCAUUAUGAGUAGGUCUAAGCAUGCUUUCAUGUUAUGCUCACAGUUUUGCCAGCGACACCGCUUCAGUAUUUUCAGAUGUGACUUUGACUCAGUUCAGAAGCUCUUCCACUUAUAGAUCAUGCCUUCAUCACAUAAGAGGAAGACAUUCAGAUGUGAAAACAUACACACUAAUGGCACUACAUAACACUGAAGGUAUUGAUGGAGUUAGUUUAGAGCCUUUAUUUGGUUACAUUUGACAUUUUCCCUCACCCAACAAUUAUGGUCAUUAAGACUAGAAAAAAUUUGAUGUCCUGCCACAUUGACCUGAACUUUGACAUGUAAUAAGCAGCAGCAAUGUAAUGUAAAAAGUACCAUAUUUAUACCUGUGUUAUGUGGUACAGCAACGUCUUAUAUUUAUAGAUUAGGUAUUGAAUCAUUGUUACAUGAUGAGAAUAAAUAAACCAUGUCAGUGAUGUUUUAAAAA